AUGGCACGUGGGAAAGCCGAUCGGGCAUUGACAGUGGGCAAGAAGCUUGAGAUUAUUGAAGAAGCAGAUCGUACGGGACUUAUUGCGGCUACAGCGCAUAAAUAUGGUGUGAAAACAGGUCAAAUUCGUGAUUGGAAGAAAAACGUGGAGCGUUUGCGAGCCACGGAUCCAUCACGUCUUGUAUGUGCCAGUACGAUCCAACGAGGUCAUUUGGUUUUCAAUGAGACGUAUGCGCAAUAUUGGGUUGGCUACAAUAAAUUUUGCAGUAAUAAUACCAAUUAUGACGAGCUCAAGAACGCAUUACGUGUGACACAUAAGGAUAUUUUAGCUGAAGGUGUCCGUGGAUUUAAUUAUCCGGCGACAAUUGAUACAACAGCAAGACAUUUAUUGGAAUGUCCAAAUAACAAUGGAUUCUACACGACGGAGGAGGUGAAAACUUUGUACUUGAAAGAUAUGACGACUUUACGGGAUCAACUUCACGAGUUUUUUGGCCAGAAGCCAUUCCCCACCAAAUUCUUGUACUUCGUAACUCGAUUAGAUUUCGUCAAGCCGGAGCCGGAUGUGCACUCGGAUAAAGAGGAGGAUGGAAUUCCAACAACAGGAGAAAACAAGCAGAUGGACAAUGAGGCUGGCGUGGAAGACGUUAUCUCGUUCUAUGUUGCAAUUUGUGGCAAUGGGUCUGUGAUGGUACCAAUGUCGAUCUUUCCACCAACGGAGGAGUGGCACUGGGAACGCAAGAAGGCCAUUAAGCUGCGUCACGCACACAGCAUACACCGCACCAAAUUGAAUGACCCGGAUGAAGCUUUGCAAUUUUUUGCGGUGACGUGGAAAAAGUUUUACGAGGAGGAGGCCAAGUAUAUCGACAAGUUUGCGUUCAUCUUGGAUUACUCGAUCGAGGACUUCCGGGCACCUCGGUUCCUGGAUGGUUUGAAGCAGCAAGAGGGCUACAACAAAUACUGGACAACCAUGUACUCGGUACGGAAUCCACUGCGUCUCUCGCGUUUUGAGGAUACGCUCUCAAGUUUUGUAAUUGAAGAGUGGCGCAGUAUCCUUCAGAUGAAGAAAUCUACUCAGCCCAACGACUACCGCAAGUGUGUCGCCUUUUGGUUCUAUUCUGCCUGGGAGUUCUUUGCUGGUGACAACGCACGCGCAGCAUUUCGAAGUUGUAACAUGUAUCUCGAGGACAAGGCUGUAUGGGGUGUCGGAGAGAGCAAUAGUUCAGUUUGA